GAGAGGGAUGUAAGUCCGACUAGUGGGGUUCCGGGUUGGUCACUCCUUGACCCCGCCCACUACUCCCUUGUGGUUAGAGCAAGGAGGGGGCGGGGCUUAGCGGGGAACCCUCAGAGCAGGCAGGGCUCUCUACUCCACUCGUCCCCAGGGCUACAUCCGGGUCUUCUGGGGAGGCGCAGGAGGGGGCGCGCGCCAGGUGGAGUAGAAGAGUUCUUAAUGCGCCUGCGCAGGAGGAGCACGCAAGUUCUGCUCUCCCAAGGAGACCCAGAGGAAUCAUUUGCAGAUGAUGCUGCAGCACCAAUAUGAGAAGAAAGGGAAGACCACAACCCAAAGCCCUUUGUAGGAGACCUUGGAGCUGCUAUUGUUACUGUUCAGGUUCUCAUGAUGUUGCGAUGCUGCUCUUCAUUAGCUGCUGUUAGCAGUUUUGUGUGUGUUUGAACUCCACUAGAGAAAAGAGAUUGAAAUGAGCUAGAGAAAGUGGACAUAACUUUGCUGUAUUAGGCACCUGAAUACUUAUGUCUGCAAAAUGAAUGAAGGUGACAAAUCUUCUGACAAGAACACAGAGGAGGAAGCAAAAGAUUUUAAAGACUUUCCUGAGAGCUUUAACCAGCUUGAAUUGUUAGAAACCCAUAGACAUCUAAUUCCCACAGGAACACAGAGUCUCUGGUCCGGAGAUUCUGACGAAGAAGACCAGGAAGAGAAAACAGAGGAAUGGUACCAAGCUCAGGAGAAAAAACUGGAAAGCAACCCUGAUAAACUUCUGCUUUGGGCAGCUGAAAAAAAUAGGCUUAAUACAGUACAAAGGCUCCUGUCUCAGAAUCUUGCUCCAGUCAAUGUCCAGGAUGAAGACCAAUAUACCCCUCUCCACCGCGCUGCCUAUAAUGGACACUUGGAAAUCGUACGUGAGCUGAUUGCCCAUGGUGCUGAUGUUCAUGCGUUGACAGUGGACAGUUGGACCCCACUGCAUAGUGCCUGUAAGUGGAAUAACACAAAGAUAGCAUCAUUCUUGCUUCAGCAUGGUGCAGAUAUUAAUGCUCAGACCAAUGGUUUGCUGACACCGCUGCACCUUGCAGCAGGAAACAGGGAAAGCAAGGAAACUCUUGAACUCUUGCUCAUGAAUCGCUAUUUAAAGCCACAUCUUAAAAACAACUUGGAUGAAACAGCAUAUGAUAUUGCUCGAAGGACUGAUAUAUAUCACUACCUGUUUGAAAUUGUUGAAAAUUGCACAAAUUCAGUGUCAGAUUCUUAGAAAUUAUGAACAUUUGAAUGUUGGAAACACUGUCUGCGCCUUUGUAAAAACACUUUGUAACUGUACUCAAAUUUGGUGCUUUCAACCCCACCACUUUGCCAUAGCUUUACUCUGUGAGAUGUUGAAAUGACAUCUCAUUUUGUUAAAAUGCCAUUAUUUUUAUAAUAUAAACCAUACUACUCUUA